UCGGACUCGCCCAUCACUAAGAAUAAACAUAUGUUCUUGUUUGUGUUGUUUUCUAACUCGUUUAAAUUUUAAAUUAAAGAUAAAUUUAAAAGGAAAAAGAUUGCAGCAGUAAUAGGUAGCUGUAUACCAUUAAAAGGGCAAUAUGCAGGCUUCCAGUGAAAUAGUGGAAGAGGGAAAUCUCAGUACUUCUUGGUACCGUUGGUGUCGUCUAUGUGCAAAGGACGAUGCUGAAAACAUAAAUAUAUUCUUUAAGGACGAACAUAUGCUUACUUCCACUGAGAAUAAGGAACAAGUGGAACUUAGACUUGCCAUUGCGAUUGGGAAAUACUUUUGCGUACAAAUUACACAGGAUGAGCACCUCCCCAAACGGUUAUGCACGGAAUGCUUUUCUUUAGUGACUACUCUAGUUAACUUCAACGAACGUGUAGAAAAAGUUCAGCAAAUGUAUGCCUCGCUAAAAAAUUUAAAUGAUUUUAAAGAAGCAGAUUUCGAAGUACUGCGACUAAAAUACGGCGUAUUGGUUGACGAUAGACCACACCAGUUCACUUACCACCCUUUAGCAGAAACUCAUUUUUGUGAUGCUAAACCUAGAACAAACGGUUGUGAAGAAAACAGUUUCGUUGAUGAUUCUGAUAUAGAAGUUGUGCCGCUUGAAGCUCUCACCGGAAUCGAAGUAAAGAAGGAAGAUUCAACAAAUACUUUGCCAGUGACAGAUGAGGAUGUAUACGAUUUCGAGAACGAAGAAACUGCAGGGGAGGACCCUUUUGGCAGCGACAUUGAAUUCGAAGGCGAGAAAAUAUGCUGCGGACUUGAACAAAAUGUUGAAAAAUGUAACGGGUGUGAAGAUUCGACAGGCAUAUCAAACAAUAUAUGCCGAAUUGAAGAUAAAAUAAAGAAAAUUGAAGAAUCUAUUUUAUCAAAUAAAACCAAUCAAUCGAAAAGUAUUAAUCUAAAACCCGUUAGCUGUAAAAAUGAAAGUAUACUAAUAAAAGAACGGGAUGGAAAAGUAGAUUCGAUUGUUAAUGAGAAUGAAAACGGGUAUACCUGCAGCGAUUGUUCUCAGACUUUCAAACGAAUUUCAUUCUUCCGUUCGCAUAUGAAGCGCAAACAUUCAAAAGAUGAUGCAGUACCACGAUUUGUUUGUUCUGAAUGUCACAUUUCAUUUAACACACAAAGACAGUUGGAACAUCACGCAGUUAAGCAUUUACCAUUGACGAAACGGCGUAUAGAACCUUGCCCUUACUGUGAACAGAAGUUCCCCAGUAAAACUUAUGUCGCGCAGCACGUCAAGUAUGUUCAUAUGAAUGAGCGUUCCUUUAUUUGCGAAGAAUGUGGAGAGGCUGUGCGUUCAAAAGGACAGCUUAAACAGCAUAUGCUUACACACACUGAUUAUGCGCCUUUCGAAUGUGAAGUAUGUAAAAAAGGAUUUAAAAAUCAAGAGCGCUUGAAGAAUCAUAUGGAAACCCAUAAUCCGAAUAAGCACAUUUGCGCCGAAUGUGGUUUGCAAUUGAAUUCAAGGGCAACUUUAAAUCGUCAUUUACUGGUGCAUUCUGAUGUGAUGCAACAUAGGUGUGAUUAUUGCGGUCGAGCUUUCAAGCGUGCCAAGGCACUGAAAAAUCACCUAAUCCUUCAUACGGGUCUCAAACCAUAUUCCUGUGACUUUUGUGAUAAAACCUUCGCCAAUGGUUCGAAUUGUCGCACACAUAAGAGAAAAUCGCAUCCCGAAGAAUUAGCUGCACUAGAAGCUUCAGGAGAAAAGACAUAUACAAAAAAUAUACCAAAAUUGGCUGUACUAAAGUCCGUUACUCGCGCUGCUGAAAAUCUCGCGCCGGUUGUAUCCAAGCAAAGUGGAAACUUCGCCUUCGGCAAAAAGCCAAAACUUCCACCUGAUUGUGUUGGUACUGUAAGCAGCAAACAAAAGGCACGUAGACAAUCUGCGGCUUCAAAUGAGCUGGUCUGUAAAAAUAUAAAUCUCACAGGGCAAUCUCUUCAUUCUGAAGAACAGUCAGUUAGUCAGCAUAUUAAUGGAGACACUAUCGCAAGCACAAGAAACAUACCUACAAUCGAUAAUAUAUACAGUCACCUAGUGAAGCAAACGACUCCUACAAGUGAAAUUGCUUUUGUUUCUGGCAGCACAAUAAAUCCUACGCAUUUGGAUAUAAAACGAUCGCGUAGCGAAAAUCCAUCCCCAGCCAACAAUAGUUGCUAUAUUGAUAUUAAUGUAACAAAUUCCACCGAACGACACCAGCAUCACAUUUCCCAAGACAUACUUUUAGCACAACAACAGCCAGAAGUACCCAGUGCUGUUCAAAGUUUUUGCACCCAAUUUAUAAAACAGCAUAAAUUAUCAGUAGAACAGAAUCUCCAGCAAGACCAAAACUCUACACAUAGCCCAGAUAGUCAUAGGUCGCACCUCACAGAAGAACAUUCCCUUUCUACAGCAACUGGAACAAAAGUAAAUCACUUUUACUAUCAACAAAUACCGGACACAUAUUUGUAGAUUGCUUAUAAUGGAGGGCUAUCGAAGAAUAAAAUUCUCGCUAGCUUUUAGUGAAAAGUUGCUAAGUCCACUUUUUAUGAUAACUCAUAUUUGGAUAUAGGAAGCAAGGGAUCUACGUAACCG